AAUAAUCAAUUGACUACAGCAUACACAGUGACAGUAGUUUGUUGAAGACAACAGCCUAAUCUAAAUGUAAUUUCAUUUCGUUUUUGUUUUCAUUUUGUUUUUUCUUUGUGUACCAUUCAAUUUGAUUCGGCUGAUUUGAGGUGUGGCAACGAAAUCCAAUACAAAUGGACUAUAAUUCUGCAUUGAAAAAUGCCAGUUCCAAUUCAUUGGACUCCGACUCGAAAUCAUCGUCGCUCAGUUCAAAACAGGGUGGUGACACAAUGGUACCGAAUAGCAAUUUAUUCACGCUGUUGUCGGGUGAAAAGACGGAAGACAUGAAAAAUGAUGUUACAUACAUUUGUCCAUACAAUGGCCCAGUCCGUGGAACACUCACCAUUACCAAUUACCGAUUGCACUUUCGAUCGGUGCCGAUAAAUGAAAAACAAAAAGAUCCAAUGAUCGUGGUUGAUGUUCCGUUGGGCGUUGUGUCGCGCGUUGAAAAAGUCGGCGGAGUGAGUUCACGCGGUGAAAAUUCCUAUGGAAUCGAUAUCUUUUGCAAAGAUAUGCGAAACUUACGAUUCGCACACAAACAAGAGAAUCACUCACGACGAACCGUUUUCGAGAAAUUGCAAACCAACGCAUUCCCAUUGUCGUACAACAAAAUUUUGUUUGCGUUUUCGUACAAGGAAUCAUUCCUAGAGGAAGGAUGGAAUGUAUAUGAACCGAUUGCCGAGCUUAGGCGUCUGGGUGUUAACAUGGCCAAUAACGAUACGUGGCGAAUCACGCGAAUCAACGACAACUAUGAAAUAUGUGAUAGCUACCCAGCUGUAUGGGCAGUUCCAAAAACCGCAUCCGACGAAUUGUUGAAACAAACAAGUAUGUUUCGAUCGAAGAAUCGUCUGCCGGUACUCAGUUGGAUUCAUCCAAACACAUUGGCCACAAUCACACGAUGUUCACAACCAUUGGUUGGUGUGAGUGGCAAGCGAAGUGCCGAAGAUGAGAAUUAUCUUACAUGUAUUAUGGAAGCAAAUGCCGAAUCGGAUAAAUUGUCCAUUAUGGACGCUCGACCGAGUUCAAAUGCUAUCGCAAAUAAGGCCAAAGGAGGCGGUUACGAAGCUGAGGAUGCCUAUCAAAAUGUCGAAGUGAUCUUCCUGGAUAUCCAUAACAUUCACGUAAUGCGCGAGAGUUUGCGAAAAUUGAAAGAGAUUUGUUUCCCAGCGAACGAUGAUCAAAAGUGGCUAUCGGCUGUUGAUAGUACAUUGUGGUUGAAACACAUCAAAUGCAUCCUGGCGGGUGCCGUACGAAUUGUAGAUAAGAUCGAAAAUAUGAGCACAUCAGUGGUUAUCCAUUGCUCUGACGGAUGGGAUCGAACAUCACAGCUCUCAGCAUUGGCAAUGCUUUUGCUUGACCCAUACUAUCGAACCAUUAAGGGAUUUGAAGUUCUUAUCGAAAAAGAGUGGCUUUCAUUUGGUCAUAAGUUCCAACAACGAAUCGGUCAUGGUGACAAUCACCAUUCCGAUGCCGAUCGAUCUCCAGUCUUUUUGCAAUUUAUCGACUGUGUGUGGCAGGUGAUGAAGCAAUAUCCGCAUGCGUUUGAAUUCAACGAACAUUUUCUUAUCACCAUUUUGGAUCACUUGUACUCGUGCCGAUUUGGUACAUUUUUGUGCAAUACAGAACGUGAGCGUGUUCAAGAGAAGCUCAAAGAAAACACCGUAUCAUUGUGGUCAUUCACCAAUGCAUCAAGUGAUCAAUAUCGAAACCCAUUGUAUGGCCGUCACAGUUCAAUUGAAAGAGUAUUAAAGCCGAUUGCAAGUAUGCGACACAUUCGGCUAUGGAAAGGUCUCUACUGUCGCUGGAAUCCUUGUAUGCGUGCUCAGGACCCAGUUUAUCAGCGAACUCGUGAGUUGCUCGCUCUCCAAGAACAGUUACAGAAGCAAAUGGAUGAGUUUCGACUAGAAAAGAACCAAAAAUCGGCCAAUCAAGGAUGUCGAUUGGCUUCACCUCUUCACUAGAAAAAAAAACACAUCGAAUGCAGUGCUUCGCAACAAACAUUUCGUUUGGAUAAGCCGCUAAAACUGAGUUGACAACUAAGAGCAUAGAUUUUUUUUUAUAGAAUAUUACAAUAUCAUUCAGAAUAAAACCAAGAAAAAACAAAUCUCGAAAAUACUAACAAAACAAGGAAAGAAACAAAAAUUGGUAACAUCCAGUACAAUAUUUUAUAAGCAAAGAAUUACAUUUGAUUCUCAUGUAUGAUAGAAGCUAAUAAAAUGGUUUUCUAACAACAAUCACCCAAUAAA